AUGUCGAACCUACCUUCUAGCACAUCUCGAGCCAGCAAAUCCGGCAUACAGACCACUGCCGAUGGCGCUUCGUACAUUCCGGCCUCGAAACGGGCGGACGGCUCUACCAGAAAAGAAAUCAAAGUGAGACCAGGCUAUCGGCCGCCGGAAGACGUCGAGACCUACAAAAAUCGGAGUGCUGAGGCAUGGAAGAACAGAGGUCAAGGUGGCGUACCUGGGGCAGACUCGCUCGCUGCAGCCAAAGAUGAGACUCCCACAUUGAGCAAGAAUGCAAAGCGCAGGGAAGCUGCGCGGAAGAGGGCUGCAGCAGAAGGGUCUGCAGCAGACGCCGAAGGCGCGCUCACAUCAGCGAUGCAAAGGACUGAGAUCUCGGAGAGAGAAAAGCAAAAGGAGAACUGGCACGAUCCCUUGAAGCUGGUGACCAACCAAGUACUGGCCCCCGACGCCGAGUUGGAGCAACAAAAGAAGAUUCGCAACCAGCUCAAGAAGUUACGUGCAGUCCGUGAACUGAGGGAAAAGCGGGCGGCUGGCGAGAAGUUGUCGCCUGACCAGAUCAUGAAGAUUGGAAAAGAGGGCGAACUGCUGCGGGAUCUGAAGAAGUUGGGCUAUGAUGGCCCGGAGCUGCAGACAGACACUUCUGAGCCUGGCGAUGAACUGGCUUGA